CGAAAGGUCACUUUUGGCCAGCAUGUCGAAGGCCGUGAAGAAGGACGAUGUGACUGUGGGUGCGUUGCGCAUUUUCCACAGGGACAGCUCCAAGGAAAUGGAGGAGUUCAUCGUCAACAGCGCCACCAAUGCACUCAAGGCGUACUACAAAGGCGACAAGAACCACUUCACAGAAGUCGCCCACCAGAUCAAGAAGGACUUGGAAGAGUCCAACGACGGCAGCUGGCACGUGAUUGUCGGCAAGUCGUUUGGGUCGUUCGUUACCCACGAAGUCAAAAAAAUGGUCUACUUCUUCCUAGGGCAAGUUGGGUUUCUCAUUUUUCGUCACGGUUAACUUCCCCUGACUAAAACAUUUUCAAAUUCUCCA